AGUAAAUCGAACCAAAAACAAGCCAGACCAACUGCAUCGGCUCUUUCAUAUCCUACUCGCCGUCGGCGACUGGUCAGCAUUAAUAAUAUUGAUUGAUUGGAUAUUUACAACUACAGCGCCUUUUUGCGCACUUCUCGCUUGCCAGAAACUGCACCAAGACACGCUCGGCAAGCACACACAAAAAAAAAAACAAUAAACUGCAAGACACUCGCCAUUAACCUUUUGGCUCCUGUCCACAAGUUCCUUUCUUCCCGCCCCUAAGCAAGCCCAGCCCAGCCCACUCUUUCGCACUUCUCUCCACUUGGAACUUUCUCAAUUUUGACUUGCAACAACACACCCCGGAGAAAAAGCCACUGUCGUGAAGCUUGGUUUGUCGGUCAUAUGUGACACUCGUGCCGGGUUGGACAGCGUCACACGGACAAAAGACAAAAAGGCGGAGAGCACCGACUUUUGUUCAUCAUACCAUACCCACCAAAAGCUUCGAGUACCUUGGGCUUCUAUAUAUGGUUCUUCAAGGAAGCCAAACCAUGCCCCCCACCUUGACGGCCAUGUAGUGUUACUCCAAACGGCUGUGCUGUCUCAUAACAAUUACACGUCAAUAUAGCAGCAUCCUUGGGCUUCUAUCAAUCCCACGAGGUUCUUUUGGAUUACACCCCCGUUGUUGCUUUCGAAAGCCUAAUUCACCUAGUCAGCCUUGGCUUCUUAUAUCUCGGCAUAUCAUCGUACCGACUGCAGCCACCCCCAGACUUUGUCCAAUCAAGACUUGCAUGCAAUCCAGUUAAACCUACCCAAACUCUGCUAUACAGCAUCAACAUAGCAGAAGCAUCUUGGCGUGAAGAGUGGUUGCGGGGUCACCUUAUUGAUCAGAUCCCGCAGUACCCUCACCCAAGAACCACCGAAAAUGUUCCAAUUUGAUCCAAGUCUCAUCCCUUCCCUCCGGACACGCAAAGCCCUCUUGGUCAUUGACCUACAGAAUGACUUUGCCUCCCCUACGGGUGCACUUCCCGUGACGGAGCCGGAGGGUUACAUCGGCCGCAUCCUCGAUGUCGCUGCCGCCUUCCGCGCCUCUGGUGACGGCGACGUGAUCUGGGUCCGCUCAGAGUAUGACGCACCUCGGCCCGUCGAGAACGACAACAUCCUGACGAGCGAUGCGCUACUGGUGUCGUCUAUGCGGAGCAGUACCAGCCGUCUGCGCAGGCUGAGCGUCGACAAGAGCGAACAGGACGACGAGGCCUUCCUGAGUGGCGGUACCGGUAGCAGCAAGCCCGAGUGCGUCCGGCCCGGCACUUCAGGGGCUGAGUUGGUCUCGGAGGCGGCCGUCGACUCGAAGCGGGACUCGAACCUCGUGAAGACGCAGUACUCGGCCUUUGCGUCUGGCCAGUUGCUCCCGCUGUUGCGGACCCGUCUGGCCACGGAGCUGUACGUCUGCGGGGCGCUUACCAACGUCAGCAUACACGCCACGGCGCUGGACGCGGCCUCUCAUGGUUUCGCCAUGACGCUGGUGGACGACUGCUGCGGAUACCGGAGCGCGGCGCGGCACGCCAAUGCGGUUCGGAACCUGAUGCAGCUGACGGGCUGCGAGACCACGACGGCGCACGAAAUGCUGGCCCGAUUCGGGGCGUCCGGAGCCGAGCAGGGGCCACGGCAGCCUUCACGACAGCCGCCAGGUCCCGUACGGACGGGUGCCAGGGCGACGGGGGAUGCGGGGCGCCCCGGUUGUCCUGGGAGCAAGCUCGUAGGUAGCAGUAGCGGCGGCCAAGGGGAGACGAGUGACGGAUCCUCACCACAGUCCUCUUCGCAUACCGACCCCAGCAUCAUCACCAGCACACACACCCUCCCACAAGCCAUGUCCAAGCUGAAGCUAAGCAGUGACCCGUCUUCACGGCCAGCAGUUGCCAAGCCCGACGCUCCUCGGCCGGAAACGACUCAGCCUGCGGUUCAGGCCUUGGUGAGCGACGACGUCGGAGCGGGCCUGGGAAAACGAGAUGCAACUGCCAUAAACGAGUCGAUAACGGUCGGAAGUGCGUCGAGCGAGUCGCCGGGAACUGGUCAAGAGCGGGCCCCUGGCAAGUCCGCCGAGACGGGAUUCAAGAAGUCGGAAACACCGAAAAGAGAUGAGUCAGAAAAAUCACUCGAAACCGCCCCAACCACAGGGGAAGCACCAGACACCCUGGAACCCCUCUGCGAGGGUGACACUACCAUAAUCCCGGAUCUCCUCCCCGCCGCUCUCGAGGAAGGCAUAUUCGACAAACUCCGCGCCGAGGUCAGCUGGCUUCGCAUGUCGCACCAGGGUGGCGAGGUUCCCCGGCUUGUGUGCGUACAGGGAGCCGUGUCACCGUCGGACGCCAGCGUGCCCUUGUACCGGCAUCCGGCAGACGAGGCACCGCCGCUGGUUCCUUUCUCGCCGACGGUGCUCAAGAUCAAAGAACAUGUGGAGCGUCACGUCGGACACGAGCUCAACCACGUUCUCGUUCAGCUGUAUCGCAGCGGGCAGGACUACAUCUCGGAGCAUAGCGACAAGACUCUCGACGUCGUAAAGGGCAGCUAUAUUGCUAAUGUCAGUCUGGGCGCCGAGCGGAAAAUGGUCUUUCGGACCAAGCGCGGUGACACCAAGACGGACAAGGACAAGGAGGGAGAGGGCAGCGGCAAGAGAGAGAUCGUCAAGGCCAAGCUGCCGCACAACUCGCUCGUCAAGAUGGGCCUGCGCACCAACGCACGCUGGACCCACGCCGUUAAGCAAGACAGACGCGCGGACCGGGACAGGACGGCUCCCGAGCUGGCGUUUGGCGGCGCCAGGAUCAGCCUCACCUUUAGACAGAUCGGGACGUUUCUCGACAAGGACGGACUCUUGAUCUGGGGUCAAGGCGCGACGGGCAAGACCCGGGCCGACGCGAAGCCCGUCAAGAACGGAGCUUCGGAGGCUGAGCAAAUGAUCCGCGCCUUUGGGGUCGAGAACAACACACCCGACUUUGACUGGGACGCGGUGUACGGCCAAGGGUUCGACGUUCUGCACUUCAAGGCCGUGCCGAGGCUGUGGGAGUCUGGAGAUGAGACUCGAGAUCUGAGGGUCAAGUUGAUGUUGGGCUCGUACGGGGUUGGGUUUGCCAUUGGAGACCACACGCAUGUCGACGGAGAAACCACCGCAGCCAAGGAACUCAGAUUCCUGGACAAUGACGCCGACAAGUCAGAUGUCAGGGGCGACCUGGCAGUCAUGCUCUACCUAGAAAGCACAUAUGGCAAGCUCUCGGCCGGCAAGACGGGCUCGCUGGCAACGAGGCUGACGCGCUUUGAGCGGGCAAUGAGCUUGUUGGACAAGUGGCGUGCCACUGGGGACCCCGAACUGAAACCGCUCGAGGGUGAGCUGGCCGUGUUUGACGGUCACAUGUCUUCUGGUGCUGAAUACGUGGCUGGCGGUGAGGCGCCGUCCCUUGCAGACUUUGCGUUGUGGCCUGUGCUGCGGGAAAUGGCUGGCUUGGUUGGGUCUGGACAAGGGGGCAAGGGGAAGAACGACGAGAGUUUCAGCGGCUUGCUUGAGGGAAUGGGGCUGAGUCGGUUGAGCAAGUACUAUGAGCGAUUCGGGAGGGAGAAGUUUGUGGGCCGGGUUGUGGAGGAGUAGAGAGGUUGGGAGAUGACGGGUAAAGGUUUCUAUGGGUUCCGUUUCUCUUCAGGGUGGCGUUUUUGUGUUUGUAAAAGAUACAGUGGGAAGCUCAGGUAUGAUACCCAGGGUUGAAAGGUAAAUAAUGUUUGCUUGUUGCGUUUGCCCAUGUCGACAUAUUCCAAGGCUUCUAGAAACGAGCGUGAGUGUCAAACCAAGGGUAGAG